ACUUCUCUCUUCCAUCUCUCCUCUCUCUGACUAUGAAAAUCAUGUCUUAUACCGUUGGAGUAAAAGGCUCUCCUGCAUUCUCCCCAUCGCGGACCCCACUUCUUACCAAAACCUCUUCUUCUUCUCCCAAAACAUCUCCCUCUUCUCUGUCUCCUUCUUCUUCUUUUCGCCUCCGAUUCUUGCAGAAGCAAGCCAGCAGCCUUAGCAGGAAAGAUGCUUCCAUCGUAGCUGUUGAUCCUUCUCAUUCUCCUCCUCCUCCACCUCCUCCUUCUAUGAGCUUGAAGCGAAAGAGGCCCACUCGGAUCAACAUCCCUGACCUCAAUUCCUUGAGCUUGACGCUGCCAAUCGCGUCGGAAGGCGUUAAAGAGGUGGAGAUCAAGGGUAAGCAGUUCUCUGUCUUCUGCAAGAAAGGGAUUAGGGAAGCAAUGGAAGAUCGGCACGCAGCCGUUGUUGAUCUACAUGACGAUCCCAAACAGGCAUUUUUCGGCGUCUUUGAUGGGCAUGGAGGUGUGAAAGCAGCUGAAUUUGCCGCAGAGAACAUGGGUAAGAAGAUAAUGGAUGAAGUGAUGAAAAGUGGGGGUGAUGGAAUCAAGGCUGCUAUUAGGAGUGCUUAUUUGGCUACAGACUCGGAGUUUUUGAAAGAGGGCACCAGGGGCGGUGCUUGCUGCGUAACUGCUCUGAUCAAGAACAGUGAUCUCAUCGUCUCCAAUGCUGGAGACUGUCGUGCUGUUUUGAGCAGAGGAGGGGUUGCAGAGUCCCUCACAGAUGAUCAUCGGCCUUCAAGGGAAGACGAACGUGAUAGAAUUGAGAACCUUGGUGGCUAUGUGGAUUGCUGCCGGGGUGUGUGGAGAUUACAGGGUUCCCUGGCUGUAUCCAGGGGGAUCGGAGAUUCCCAUCUUAAGCAAUGGGUUACAGCAGAGCCAGAGACGAAAAUCCUAAGAAUCAAACCUGAUUGCGAGUUCCUAAUCCUCGCCUCUGAUGGGCUAUGGGAUAAGGUUAGUAAUCAGGAGGCAGUAGACAUUGCUCGAUCUGGGUGCUUAAAAACUGACGAGGUAUCGAUGCUCUCCGCCUGUAAAAAUCUGGUUGAUUUGUCCGUAUUGCGAGGUUCCAUCGAUGAUGUCAGCGUUGUGAUAAUCCAAUUGGGCCACUUUAUUUGAAGGAGAAAACUCACAUCUAUUUUUAAAGCUUGCAUUGGUGGAGGCUAGCUACAACACUGUACAAUCAUGCUGAUAUAAUCGAUGGUGAGGAUGACAAUAAGAUGAUGAUGGUGGUGGCUGCUGUCCGUCAUUGUGACUAAGAAGGGCAGACUGUUUUUACGUUUUAUCGACCAUUCUUUUAUUGAUUAAUUUACCAUUCUUUUAUUGAUUAGUUCAUCUCUAAUGUAGAUAUAUUAACAGACUUAGAAAAGAGUCUCCCCUUCUUAUUUUUGUAUCUAAAACAUAUUUGCUAUUCAUUUCAUUUGUGGUAAGAAUUCAUUCAUUGAAUCUUUUCCCAUUGUGUGUCUUCGAAGUGUUGAUCAAGAUAUCCUAUGCUGGUGUGGGUCCCGGAUCUCAUCCUUACCAACGGGCAAUGGAAUAAAUCCCUGAUUAUUGGUCUAUGGAACUUGAGAUUGAGAUAUAGAAAUUGUUGAUAUUGAUCUUCCUAAUUGUUGAUAUUCAUCUUCCUAGUGUUGGUCUAUGGAACUUGAGAUUUGUGCUUCAGAAAUUGUUGAUAUGCAUCUUCCUAGUGUUGGUGUUGUCAGAGAUCCGAGACAGCGAUUCUUCAAUAAGCUGAAGUAAAUGAUUGAAAGCUCAGCUCUGAAAUAUGCAGACUCCUCUGGAAAUUGCCCUUUCUCCUGAAAUUAGAUAUUGUUUGUGGAAAUUAUUGCACAACGAGCUUUCAACAACUUUUUCCAGAUGGAAAGCUUUUCUUCCCAGCAAAUGCGACACAUGUAAUGCAAUUGCUCUCAAGAUGACUCGUCCACUUAUUUAUUAUCUGUAGAAGAUGUGGUUCUUCAACCACUGUGGUUGAAUAAACGUAUCCUAUACAAGUAGGUUGGUGGGAGCCACAGACGUAGCGCCGGUUCAUACCCAUUGUUGCCAAUUCAUGCCAGCCAAUCAGAGCCAAUUAAGUGUGAUCUGAAUAGAUUUGCGGGUAUAUUUGGAUAUCUUUGGGAUAUUAGAAGAUGAUUUUACAAUAAUACAGCUAGAGAACAUCCUAUGACAACACAUCUUCUACUAAGUGGUUGAUUGAAUAGCAAUAGUGUAGAAGUGAUUACUAGGACAAAUGACAGGAGUAUAAACAAGAAGGAUUAAAACGUGUUAAAUGGUUCUAGAUGGUGAGAGUAAGGCUAAAAGGAAUCCAUUAAAGCUAAAAGGAAUUCAGUAGAAAGAUUUGUCUCAUACCAACCCAAUCAAACCCAAUAUAUCUUUCAAUUAUCCGUCAUUUAUAUUUCUUAGUGUAACCACUAAGCCUCUCUACAAGUCCAUUACAUUUCUUAGUGUAAUCCUUUAAUUUUUGCCUGUUGCUUACAUUCCAUAGUGUAAUCCGUAGCGUUAAUCUAGUAGUUGAUAAUAUUGACCGUAAUUUGGGUCUAUGCUCAUACGUUGGAUUCAGUUUUCCAUCCAAGAAGGUGUUU